CUGGCGGCGCUGGCGGCGGCGCCGUCGCGGCCGCACCCGCAGUGCCUGGACUUCAAGCCGCCGUUCCGCCCGCCGCGGCCGCUCGCCUUCUGCCGCCGCUACGGGGCCUUCGGCUGCUGCGACGAGCGGCGCGACGGGGCGCUGCUGCAGCGCUUCUACCGCCUCAGCGCCCGCCUCGACGGGCCCGCGUACGCCGCGUGCGCCGGGCACCUGCAGGAGCUGCUGUGCCAGGAGUGCUCUCCGUACGCAGCUCACUUGUACGACGCCGAGGAUCCCUCUACUCCUGUGCGGACAAUCCCAGGGCUUUGCCAAGACUACUGCGUGCAAGUCUGGCAAAAAUGCAGGUCCAUUUUCCAGUACCUCUCUACGGACAAAGAGUUAAUCGCCCUGGAGCACAACGUGGCCAAAUUCUGCCGCUACCUCUCCCUGGAGGACGUAGACUACUGCUUUCCUCACCUCCUGGCUAAUGAGAAUCUCAACCAAAACCUGGGCUUUGUGACGGCCAACGCGGAGGGCUGUCUCCAGCUCUGCCUGGUGGAGGUGGCCAACGGGCUGCGCAACCCCGUUGCGAUGGUGCACGCCAACGACGGCACCCACCGCUUCUUCGUUGCCGAGCAGGUUGGCCUGGUGUGGACCUACCUCCCCGACCGAUCGCGGCUUGAAAAGCCAUUUCUGAACAUCAGUGAAGCCGUGCUCACCUCGCCUUGGGAAGGAGACGAGAGAGGUUUUCUAGGUAUUGUCUUCCAUCCUAAAUUCAAAUUUAAUGGUAAAGUGUAUGUCUACUAUUCAGUUGAAGUUCGUUAUGAAGAGAGAAUCCGAAUCAGUGAGUUCAGAAUUUCUCCUGCUGACAUGAAUACUUUGGACCAUGGUUCUGAAAGGAUAAUCCUGGAAGUGGAAGAACCGGCUUCCAAUCAUAACGGAGGAGAGCUGCUCUUUGGAGAUGAUGGUUAUCUCUAUAUAUUUACUGGAGAUGGAGGCAUGGCUGGGGAUCCUUUUGGGACCUUCGGAAAUGCCCAGAACAAAUCCACAUUGUUGGGCAAAGUGUUACGGAUCGAUGUGGACAACAACGACCGAGGGCCUCUCUACAGGAUCCCCCCGGACAACCCGUUUGUGGACGAGCCCGGAGCUCGCCCCGAAGUCUACGCGUACGGCGUGAGGAACAUGUGGCGCUGCUCGUUCGACCGGGGCGAGCCCCACACGAAGGAAGGGAAGGGCCGCCUCUUCUGCGGCGAUGUGGGGCAGAAUAAAUACGAAGAAAUCGACAUCGUGGAGAAAGGGAAAAACUACGGCUGGAGGGCCAGGGAAGGGUUCAGCUGUUACGAUAAAAAGCUUUGCACUAAUUCUUCAAUAGAUGACGUGCUUCCGAUUUAUGCUUAUCCACACAAGAUGGGCAAGUCUGUUACGGGAGGCUAUGUCUAUCGGGGUUGUGAGUCUCCAAACCUGAAUGGCCUGUACAUAUUUGGUGAUUUUAUGAGUGGCCGGCUGAUGUCUUUGAAGGAGGACCACGCUACCGGCGAGUGGCAGUACAGCGAAAUCUGCAUGGGCACGGGACAGACCUGCAUGUUCCCCGGGCUUAUCAAUAACUAUUACCAAUAUAUCAUCUCUUUUGCUGAGGAUGAAGCAGGGGAGCUUUACUUCAUGUCUACCGGCGUACCAAGUGCCACUGCUCGUGCUGGAGUGAUUUACAAAGUGGUGGACACCUCUAGGAGAGCACCACCGGGAAAAUGCCGAGUUGAGCCUUUACCAGUGAAAGUGAAAAGCAAGCUCAUAAAGUUUGUGCCAAAGGAGAAGCUGAUAGUGGAAACCCCUACACUGAGUCUGGAGACCCCAGCACCCACUACCACCACCACCACCACCACCACCACCACCACGGCCGCCAGGCCCCGUCCAGGCGGCGGCGCCCGGCGAGGCCAGCGGAGGAAGAAGAAGAAGCCGUCAGGGCCGCCGCGUGACGGCGCCGUGCGGCUGGCCGGUGAGCGGGGCCCUGAGCGGGACCGGGGCCGCGUGGAGGUGCACGCCGAGGGCCGCUGGGGCACGGUGUGCGACGAUGGCUGGGGCGCCGCGGCGGCCGCCGUCGUGUGCCGCCAGCUGGGCUUCGCGCGCGCCGUGCGCGCCAGCAAGAAGGCGGAGUUCGGCGCUGGCAGCCGGCUGCCCAUCCUGCUGGACGACGUGCGCUGCUCCGGGCGCGAGCGCGGCCUCCUCGAGUGCGCCCACGCCGGCCUCGGCGCCCACGACUGCACCCACGAGGAGGACGCCGGCGUCGUGUGCAGCCACCGACCGGAGGAGGAGGAGGGGGAGGAGGGAUGGUGA